AUUCAAGAUUUUCCAUCGUUUCAGUUACACUCCAGUUCGAUAUUGCAGCAAAAUUUAAUGCCUCAAUUCUCUCAAUUUGGAAAAAUCUGGCUGUAAUUUUCCAGUAUAAAUGAAAACCAAGCACCAUCAAGCGUUCAAAUUCAAAUCAAUUAAUUCUCAAAAACUAAAUAUAUUAGAAUCUAUUAAAUUUUGUUGCUCCUUGAUUCUUGAAAAGUAGAAGAAGAAGGAAAUAGAUUCUUACGGCGUUUUGCGAAACAGGCCUUUGUUUUGAAGCUCUCAGUUCUUCUCUGAUCGUUUUCUCAUCAGAUUUGUGUUUUAAAUGCAUAAUGGAGUUCUUUUCGGAGUACACAAAAAUUGUAUACAGUCGAAUUCAAAAGAUAGAACCAGAGAAUGUUACGAAGAUCAUUGGAUGUCUGCUUCUUCAUGAUCACUGUGAUCAAGAAAUGGCUCGCUUGGCUAUGGGGCCUGACCAAUUUCUCCAUGAAGUUAUAUUCAUAGCCAAGACCGAGCUGCAACAAUUGUCGAUCAAAGCUUCGAACCCGAACCCGGGCGGUUUUGCUGCUCGUAGGCACUUUCCUUCUUGGGACCAACAUCUUAGUCCUAACAAACGUAGCCAUGAUUUCAUACCAUUAGGCUACCCUGAUGCUGCAGCUAUGUUUGAACUCCAAAACCAGGCUCAGUUCUUGAGUUUAGAGGACCAUAUCGACCCGCUUGGCUCCGCAAUCUCUGGCUUCCCGACCGAUGUUGGCUACCCCGACAGCAAUUCAAUGCUCAGCAACUUGAGUACUAGGAACAGCAGCCGCCAUUUCUUGACUGUUCCUGAGUUUCAGCCUAAGACAUGUCACUAUUAUAACAAAGGAUUUUGCAAGCAUGGAAAUAGUUGUAGGUACAUUCAUGGCAGCCUCAAUCCUGAGAGCUUUUCUCAGAUGUAUAACUCCAAUUCUGUCAAUGAUGAUCAAGUGUUUUUGGCCGGGUCGCUCAAGACCUUGGAGAUGGAAAUAGUCGAUCUUCUUAAGUCAAGAAGAGGCACUCCUAUUUCAAUUGCUUCCCUGCCUAUGAUUUACUAUGAAAAGUAUGGAAAAGUUCUUCAGGCAGAAGGAUACCUCACUGAGAGCCAGAGGCAUGGCAAAUCAGGCUAUAGCUUGACCAAACUCCUUGCUCGCUUGAAAAGCAGCAUUCGGCUAAUCGAUCGACCUCAUGGGCAACACGCAGUCAUUUUGGCUGAGGAUGCUCCAAAAUUCAUGGACAAUCGAAGCGACAAGAAUGACCCCGGACCGAUCGUUAGCGGGUCACGACAGAUAUAUCUGACAUUUCCAGCUGAGAGUACCUUUACUGAAGAUGAUGUUUCCGACUACUUCAGCUCCUUUGGAAUGGUUGAAGAUGUAAGGAUUCCCUGCCAACAAAAAAGGAUGUUUGGGUUCGUGACGUUCAGCAGUGCUGAUACUGUGAAAACAAUCCUGACAAAGGGCAACCCGCAUUAUAUUUGCGGAGCUCGUGUUCUUGUUAAACCUUACAGGGAAAAGUCGAAGCUUUUCGACAGGAAGUACCAAGAUAGAAUUGAGCAGCAAGUUUAUUAUUCUUCGCACUACGCAGACAUCGAUUCCGAGCUUCACUCGUCGAUUCCAAGAGGAUAUGAUGCGGCCAGAAUGCUGAGGAUGGAAGAACAAGAACAGCAAGCAAUCGCACUCGAACUCGAGAGGAGGCAUCUCUUGGGGCUCAGCUCGAUCCGAAAAUCCGUAAUCAAUCAGCCGUACUUUAGCUAUUUGAUGGACGAACUAAAAGUUCCAGAAGAUCAUUUCAAUUUCCCAACUACACAAAGGCUGAACUAUCUGAUGGAUGUCAUAAAAAUUGGCUCUACUAGUGAGGAUCAUAAUCGGCCCCGGAACAACACGGACUCGAAUCGCAGCGACGAUAGCAGCAGUCAAGGAUUAAAUCUACCAGACAGCCCAUUUGCAUCUCCAAUAGAGGAUGACAUAUCCACACUGAUAUAGGUUUAUCAAACAAAACCAGCAGCUCAGCUUACAAUACAGUAGAAGCAUUUUUAUAUAGUUGAAAAACAACUGAUUCAAAGGCAAUUUUUACCUCUACCAUUUGAUUGAUUCAUCACAUUCUCGGCCUCUUUUUCGCCCUGCCUCGACUCCCCGCCCGAGUAUAUACAUUGACGACAGCUUAAGAUCGAGAAAGAGUUCUCGAAUUUACGAGUUUGAAAGUAGUAAAGAGAUGGAUGUAAUAAUGCCUAGAAGUUACAUGUAAGAAGAUUCUAAGGUUUCUUAUUUUCUUAUUUUUUAUUUUUAUUUUUUUUACUUCAGUUGUUUACAGAAGAAGAGAGAUUUCUUUCUGGUUUUAGAUUAGGGAAUAUAGGGAGGGUCUUGUUUUUUCUUUCUUUGUUUUAGAUGGAAGAAGGAACCACAAUACAUGCAAUCUCUUUGAAAGAUUGUGAAAUGUUUUUUAGAAUCUUCAUGCAAAAAUAUGCCAUUUUGAGGCACAGAUGAUAUUAGAACURAUAAAAAAGGGAGGUUGUUUGGCA